CUUUCAACUGGCAUUUACCAUUCAGAGCGAGACUCAUCAUUUAUCAUUCAAAAGGCGAUAUUUUCUUCUUACAAAAUGAGAAGACGUCUUUUUAGGGCAGUAGGCCCUGUGUUCAUAGUGUUUAGAAAAUCGAGGUCGGUGUAUGUUGGAAAUCAUGCCUUACAUAAUAGUUUACCUCCCAAAAUACGAGAUCAGUUAUAGGAUCCUUUUUCACAGUUCAGAGUGUUAUAGAUAAGGAUUCAUCAUGUGGCUGCCGGCGAUACUAGGAUAUUUCUUGCUUCCUUAUCUUGCUGAGGGUGCUGAUAAAAAAUUCACUUGCUCUCCGGGACGCUUGACGGUCACAUGUGAUGCAAGGAAAGUCAUACUUGUAAAACAAGUGCAGCGUGGCUCUUAUGGUGGCGCGUUCGAUCCCUCCCAUUGCAAAUACCAAGGUGGUGAUGGGCUUGAAACAGCCGAUGGUAAUUCAAAACAGGUUUGGAAGGACUGCAAUCUACAAAACACGUGCUCUGUCUUAUUCAUCCAAUCGGGGAAUUAUUAUCUGGAAAUGGCUUAUGAAUGUGUUUAUAAGAGUAACAUCGAAAUGCUAGAUAUCUGCGAUACUGGCGGUGGCACGCGAUUAGUGGCAAAGCAUGGAUACAUUUACAGUCCCUGCUACCCGAACUUGUCGACGUGGACAAUGUCAACACAUGUAUAUUGUGAGUGCAGUGGGACGUUAGCUUCCGGGGGAACGGGAGACAUAACUAUCAGUGUCUUCAACGCAUUUCAAGGAACAGAAGAACUGGGUAUCAGAUGGCAUAGUAUCACUAAUGCACCGGUGACAUUUAAAAAUACCUCACGAAGCUUCAGGACGUUAAGAAGCGCCACCGGGAGUUUUCACCUUCGAUUCUCUUCUACUUAUGUAGGAUCUGAUUGGAACAGAGGUUUUUGGUUAGAAUUCACAGCGGACUCCCCACUUGAAUUCAAAUGCUCAAAUACAGUAGUAACGCCACCAACUUGCCAAGCUCCUGUCCCCCCUCCCACCACAACACCGACAACAACAAUAACGACGACGACAACAACAACAACAACAACAACGACACCAACAACAAUAGCAACAACUACAACUACAACAACUCCAACCACAACCACGCCAACCACAAGCUCAGGAAGUGGUUUGCCCGGCGUGAAGACAACGAUUCCCGAAACAGCAACCACAUCAAGUUCAUCAAAAACUGAUGGGACCACCAAAGUAGAUGAUGAGUCUCAGUUGGGCCAACGAGAUAUCAUUGCCAUCGCUGUGGGCACCAUCAUACCACUGAUCGUCAUUGCUGCCAUUGUAGCAACUGUGCUCAUCAUUCUGAGGAAACGACGACAAGCUGCAGAAGCGAAAUCCAAAAGCAAAGAAGAACUGGUACCGAAGGCUUCUGUCGUGGGUUUCAGUAUUUCUCUCGUCAACCCAAGCUGUGAUCCCGAGUCAGGGGAGCAAAUACCCCAACGUGUGGAGGAAACUGAAACUGACAUUGCAGAAGACGACCCGUCGUCCCUUUACUCUUUGGAAAAUGAAGGGGCGGUUACGCUUAAGUUUGGGAAUCCCAAUGGUGGAGCUGUGGAGGAUGUUUUACCUCCUCGUGAUAAUGUCAAUGUUGGCCAACCUAAGAAGCCUGUAGUGCCGGCGCCGAGAAAAACGACGGAGUCGAAGAAGGAUACUUGUCCACGUGAUUCCGAGGAUCCGUCGUCCCUUUACUCGUUGGCAAAUAAAGAAGCGGUUCCGCUCGAGUUUGGGAAUCCCAAUGGUGAAGCUGGGGAUGAUGUUUUACCUCUUCGUGAUAAUGUCAAUGUUGGCCAACCUACGAAGCCGGUAGUGCCGGCGCCGAGAAAAACGACGGAGUCGAAGAAGGACACUUGUCCACGUGAUUCCGAGGAAGGUGGAAAUCCUGCUGAUGCCGUGUACACAGAGGUAGUUAAGAAAGGCAGCAGAGAAAAAGCUCCAAGUAGCAAGAAACUUGCUGAGGGUGCUGCCGCCUCUGAGAAACAAGCAUCUUGGCCACUGAAACUAAUCACAAAACCGAAACCCGCGACGAAACCUCCGUUAAAUUCCCUGAAGGAUACUGGUCCCAGUGAGAUCGAGGACGACAGUCCCAAAGAUGUUUAUGCCAAAGUCGAAAAGAAAGAUAGAAGAGGACACGUUGGUUUUGUAAAUCAGGCGCUUGCUGGUGAAGAUUCCGUGGCAGAGGUGAGUUGUGCAACUGGUGGUGCAGGGGCGGGAGAGCGUGACCUCUACACCCAGCAGGUCAAUAAAAGUGCCAAAAGGAAAGUCUCUCGACCCGAGGAACCGAACAUUGACAUCAACCAUGUCGGCAUUUCAGAACCACCGAGCGAUGCUGUUUAUGCGCAAGUUGAUAAGACAGCUAAACCAAAAACGCCGAAAAAACCACAAGUUCCCAGGCAUAUUAUCGGUGGAGCUCAAAAUGCGUCGAAGAGAGCAGAAGAUGCUUCUUCCGGUGACGUCUAUGCGCAAGUUCAGAAAGAAAAGAGGGCAACGUCGCCACGUGGUGAGGCCUCAAAAUAUGACCACUUAAACUUUGAUAUAAUCGCUCAGAAGAAAGUUUCAGAUAAGACUGAUUUGUACAGUAGUGUUGAUGAUGUUGUCACUUCGACACUUGAUGACGAAGGCGACGAGUCCUCUGACGGCGAAAUAUACGGUCCUGUUAAUGCUGACCAUGACGAGGGUCUCUACGGUCCUGUUAAUGAUGACGGUGACGGGGAUCUUUACGGUAGUGUUGAUGAUGUCGGUGACGAGGAUCUUUACGGUCCUGUUGAUGUUGACGGUGACGGGGAUCUUUACGGUAGUGUUGAUGAUGACGGUAACGAGGAUCUUUACGGCAGUGUUGAUGAUGACGGUGACGGGGAUCUUUAUGGUAGUGCUGGUGAUGACGGUGGUUAUGGUUAUGCAUACGCUGAGGGUCGAGGUUUUGAUAGAUCUGACCCGGAUUAUGGCGAGGUUGGUGAUAUUCAAGAUGGCGGGCCGAUAAUGGAACCAGGUGACGAUACAUAUACAUUGAUUCCAAAUAAAUCCACUGUUCAGCAAACUGGUGGAGGAUCUCAACUUCCCUUUGAAACUGACGAUGAUACCUAUGACCAUGUUGCAUUGGAAUUUGCAAGAAAUCCCAAAGUUCAAGAAGACGAGAGAAGAUUAAGUGAUCAGGGCGAUACAGAGGCUUAGCAGUUCGAAAUAAGAAAUCUUCGUAGCUUAGAGUAACCAGACUCUAAGGUCGUAGUCUCUAUCUUCAGAUGCAUCCUUAAGCAUUAUGAGAUGUACAUGUACAUGUAUGUGACUUUCAGGUUUUGUGCGUGAUUGCUCGAGACUGCCAAUAAGAUUUUAACGGGACUACAGGCAGUUAUAUGGGGUCAAAUCGGUCAUGAUGGCUGCCAUGCUGAGUGUUAGAACUUGCUCUGAUUUGAUUAUGUACUGUGAGAUAUAUACUAGAGACAUCUACUGGCAAUUCUGUGUAUCUUUAUCUGGUCCACCAGGCGCCUUUGCCUUUAGUCUUUACUGAUACUUUGUGUCCAAUAUAUUCUUGAAAAUGAAGGAACUGUAUACGGGUGAAAAACUUAUGUCACAUCGGCUUAUCUCUCCUAUUCUAGAAAUGUACAGGUUGGGCGGAUGAGUCUUUUUCCAAUACCAAUGCUGUGUAAAUUGAGGCCAACAAUUUACUAAAUGCUUUGUGAAAUUGACACUACUGUAAUUGUAAUUUGUCGUGUUAUGAUUUGUGGCGUGUAAAUCUGGCCGUGUACAUGUAUAUGACUGGUGGCCUUUGUCAUCUGGUCGUGUAUCACCAGUAGAUUGUAUGAUUAUUGUGAAGUAAAUAAUAAAAAUCACUUCUCAAUACUGGCAUUCAUAGUGCGUGCCUGCAUGCGUGACUGCCCUGUGUAUAUGCCAUUCACUAGGACAGCCUACAUGCUCUCAAAUACUACAUGCACUGAGACACUUCUUGCAAACAUAUAUGGGCUGUUCCUUCUUUGUCAGUUGCUAGGGAGGUUUGAGAACAGCGAUCUGCCAAAAUAUUGUAGGCCCCAACUACAUGUAGAUCUCAUAAAUUCCUGCAUAAAUAUAAUGUACAUCUCACAG